AUGUGGCGCCUGUUCCGACCACGCGCGAGCGCCGCCGCUACUCGGGCGCUCACUCCGAAGGUCUCAGGCCGGGAAACCAUCACUAUACAGAGGGUCAAGAUCUCAAAGGCAAGGUUCAGGCCCAGGUCAAUCCUCAUCGGCACUGGCAUCUCGCUUAUGUGCUUGCACGUGUACUGGUCGACCGUCCUAAAUCCAUUCUUCCGACAUGUAGACCGCGAAUACGAGAGUCUUUCCGCGGCCGAAAAGAAAGCACUUGACGAGGAGAUGGAGGAAGAGACGGAACCUUGGUUCAUACCAUUCCCAUUCACGACAAAGCAAGUCAGCCAGCCGCCAUACAAGGGCUCCGAUCCGGAGUGGCAACAAUACGUCAAGAUUAGCAAGAACAAGGAGCUUCAAAACCAUAUACGUGGUGACCUGGCGAACUGGGUGAGGAGCGCUGUCGAGAGACACCCCACCAUCAUCGCGCGAUGCGGUAAUGUGGUGAACCUGCGGAGAUACUGGCUCGAUAUUGAUUUUCCCUAUCGUCCACCUCCGGUCUACUAUUCUUCCGGUCUGUUGAUGGAAGAUGACGGACUGUAUUGGUCAACCCAGCCAGUUGACUCCUUGACCGUUAACAGGUUGAACAAGAUUCUCUGGCCAGAGGCCAUGACUGUUUCAACCUGGGCAUUCACGUCGGCACUUAUGAAGCAGCACUUCAUGGACAUAACCCGAGCCCUCGGCUUCGAACCGAGCAAACCCGCCCAGCCAUUCCCGCCACCAAACGGUGGCAACAUGCAACGCGCCAAGACCGAACGACCUCUCCCCUCCACCAACCGACAAACGACAGAUGGUACCCCGGCGGAGAACGCCUCCCAUAAUGUCAGCAAGACUUCUGACUCUCGGCAGCCAGAAGAACCUGAGAGCGGUGGCAGAACCAAUUUCGUCAGGGAUACAGCCAUCUCCCAUAUUGAAGGCAUGAAGCAGAUUACGGACGGUCCUGCCAGGGAAUUCCGCAGGAAACUGGCUCAGUCCUGGAAACCCACCCGAGCAUACCCUCCGCGAGGUUGUAUCCUCGUGUCGGGGUUCGUCGAAAUUGAGCUGCCGAGGGGCUACGUUGUCGUUGACGUCUGGGGUCACUGGAAUCCCAAGACGGAGAUGUUUGAGCCCAGGUCGACCUUCAUGGUGCUCAGGAGAAUACAGAUGAAGCAACAAGCCCCCGCGCGGAGCUAG